AUGAAGAGUGGGUCAUCAAUACAGGUUGGCGCUUGCACAGAGGGUAUCGUAAUUCCAAGGAUUCAUGAAGUUAAAGAGAUAGAUAUUUCCGGUAUUUCAUGGAUCCUGGUCAUCGAGAAAGAGGCAGUGUUUCACCGUCUGAUAACAUCGGGCUAUCACAAUGCAUCGGCGGCAGGAAGCGGAAUCCUCUUAACGGGAAAAGGUUACCCUGAUCUUAGUAGUCGAGAAUUUCUACGCCUCCUUUCGAGGCAUGAAGUAUGCAACUCUAAGAUGAUAUUUAACCCGCUGCCGAUAUUUAUACUGGUUGACAGUGAUCCAGAUGGGAUGGCAAUAAUGUCAACUUAUAAAUAUGGGUCGAUGGCCCAGGUGCAUCGAAAUGCCGAUCUCAACGUGCCCUCAAUACAAUGGGUAGGAUUGCAGGCUUCCGAGAUGAUGUCGGCUGCAAGUCAUACAAAUAUGCCCUCGCUAGUCCCAAUGAGCCAACAUGACCGAAAAAAGGCAGAGGCUAUGCUUAAACGAAAUCCAAGCUUUGCUGAAGAUGGCCCGGAACCAGCAUGGAGAAAAGAGCUGCAAUCAAUGCUAGUUAUGAAUCUGAAAGCAGAACUUGAGAUAUUGUAUGAACUAGAUGGUGGCAUGGAGGGAUGGCUCGAUAGAAAGAUGUCGAAGUUAUGUUGA